AUGAAAUUCAAGACCUAUAGUACAAAAGAUUCAAAAUUAAAUGAAUCUGUUUCAGCCCUGGGAUGGAGUAACAAUGAGGAUGUGUACACGUGCAGUGACGAUCAGCAAGUGUACAAAUGGAGUGCGACGAAUCGGGAAAUGGUUCAAGUUGCUAAAUUACCCGAAGGAUUCAUUCCUACCGAUUUACACUGGCUUGUCGCAAGGGGCUCUAUCAUAGGUACCCCUGGGGUCACUGCGCCCGGCGGUGGCAAAGGAGGCGAAUCCUUGCUAGUAGCCGGUGCCGAUGGUCGGUUUGUAAUAAUGAACAAAAGUGCACGUAUUGAGCGAAACAUUUUGGCUCAUUCUGGCACUAUUGUGACAUCACGCUGGAGUCCUGAUGGUACCAGUCUGUUAACCGCCGGUGAGGAUGGGAUCAUUAAGAUAUGGUCGCGUUCUGGAAUGCUUCGCUCAACCGUUGUGCAGAAUGAAGGGCAAAUUCGUUGUGCAAGAUGGUCUCCAAGCGCAACAGCUAUCGUUUAUUGUCAAGGAUCGUUUGUGGCGAUCAAACCGCUGGCAGCAAACAGUAAACUGACGAAAUGGAGGGCACAUGAUGGGAUGGUCCUAUGUCUGGCUUGGUCGAACAACACCGGUAUGAUCGCGACGGGGGGCGAGGACUGCCGGUACAAGAUUUGGGACACAAUGGGUACGAAUGUGUACACGAGCGUAGCUGAUGAUCAUGCUGUAACGUCGAUUGAUUUCUGCCCGGAUGGAGAACUGUUAGCCAUUGGUGGUUUCAAUAUGCUGAAGCUGUGCCAUUAUACAGGGUGGAGCCACAGCAUCGUGCGGUUCAAUCAACAGGUGACUGGAUCGCUGUUUAAUAUAGCAUGGUCCGCCGACAGCACCCAAAUAGCAUCGUCUACCAGCACUGGAACCUUACUCUUUGGACACAUCAUAGAACGGGAGCUAAGAAAUCGCAAUUUGAAGGCAAUCACCACCGGCCGCAAAACGAUCCAGUUGCAAGACAUCGUAGCACGGACUACCGACACGUUGGACUUUUCGGAACGUAUUAUCAAAUGGCAACUAGGAUACGGACACUUGGUGGUGGCCACGGUCCAUCAAGUACAUAUCUUCAACGAACAUUACAUCAACACCCCGAUCAUUAUUGAUGGGAAAGGUGAUGUUCGCAUCAUUAUGCUUGGAAAAAAACAUUUUAUCCUGGUUGAUAAUAACUCGAUCUGGAUUUAUACAUACACUGGGCGUUUACAUUUGAACCCUAGAUUCCCCGGUUCCCAGGCCCAAAUCCCUCAGCUGAAUGGGCGCUGCAUAUCGCUCGGAAUGGAUUCAUUGGCUGUGCGCGAUCACUCCGAUCAAACGGUAGUGCAUGUGUUUGACUUACUGCCUGGUGCAACGCGGCAAGAAGAACCCUACACCAUCCACAGCAAAGCGUCCGUCGUAGAAGUCGCCGUAUGUCGCUUUGGAAACCCCGAUGACCAGUACCUGGCUUAUAUCGACGCCAAUCAAGAUCUGUACAUUACCGGCGUGCAUAGUGGCCCAGAAUACGUUGCUCAUAAAAUCGGCACUCAGGUUACGACGAUUGCGUGGUCAUCUGAUACAAAUAUCCUAGUCGGACUGCACGAUCUUAGUUACAGCGUAUGGUACUGUCCCGGAGAGGCUUGUACGGAUCCGACGUUAAUCGCACUCACAACUUUCACGUAUGAUACCAGUGAAUUUGGAAAAAAUAUUACGCUGGAAAACUUCGAAGGAGCAAAUAUUACGUUUCGAAGCUCCGGUGCCAUUUUCACCGUGUCCGUGAAAACCUACUGCGUAAUACUGCACAAACUGUUUGCGGAGAAUCAGUGGGAAAGAGCGCUUAAGUUAUGCCGGUUAGUACAGAACCAUCUGCUAUGGGCUACGUUGGCGGCGAUGGCCUCGAAGCGAAAUCAACUUGAGAUUAGCGAAGAAGCAUAUUCCGCAUCUCUUCAAAUUGACAAAGUUAACUAUCUAAACUACAUCAAAUCUCUACCUCCUUCGAACCCUGAACAUAUGGCGGAAAACUCGAUUAUGAACGGGCGCAUACAGGAGGCAGAAAUCAUUCUAAUGCAUAACAAACGCAUCCCCGAAGCAAUUCGAUUUUGCCUGCGCAUGCACCGUUGGAACAAAGCUUUAGAGAUAGCUCUCAAACAUGAAACCGACGUAGAGCUCGUAUUGGAAGAACGAAGAAAGUAUCUUCAGGCACUGGAGCGAGAAGAAAAUGAUGCACAAUUUCUGGCACUAGACGAACGGCUAGACUAG